CUGCCAUCAGAUGUACGCGGAGAUCUGUCUCAAUUAUGAAGAGGAGAAGAUGGAGAAGUUUUCGGCAAGCAUUUCGGACAUCUCAUGGAGCGCCGUGGCGCUGCCCCUGGACUUGGUGGUCAGCAAAUUCAGACUGCCAACGCUUGUGAGGCUCAAUCAAGGGGACCAUGUGGAGGGCCUGUGUGAAGAGGACGUGGUGUUGCUGCACUCCUGUCGCCAGUGGACCACGGUCACGGCCCACAGUCUGGAGGAGGGGCACUACGUCAUCGGGCCCAAGAUAGACAUCCCACUGCAGUACCAGGGCAAGUUCAAGCUACUGGAUCAGGAUCGUGAUGUGCGUGAGCCGGUCCAGUACUUUGCCAGCGUGGAGGAGAUCGCCGGAACCUUCCCUGAUAGAGUGUUCGUGAUGGAGAACAUCACCUUUAGCGUCAAGGUGGUGUCGGGUGAGUUCAGCGAGGACAGUGAGGUGUACAACUUCACGCUGCAGGCGGGAGACGAGCUGUCUCUGAUGGGCCAGGCUGAGCUGCUGUGUGUCCAGGGAGGGGGAGAGCGCUCUCGGCUGGGCGCCCUGCUGCGCCGCCUGGGCAAAGCCGGAGCGCUGGGCCGCCCGGCGCGCACCAAGAUGCCCUGCCUGAUCUGCAUGAACCACCGCACCAACGAGAGCCUCAGCCUGCCGUUCCAGUGCAAGGGCCGCUUCUGCACGCGCUCCCCGCAGGAGUUGCAGAUGCAGGAAGGGGAGCACACGGUGCGCGCCAUCAUCGAGCGCGUGCGGUUGCCCGUCAACGUCUCGGUGCCUGCGCGCCCGCCGCGCAACUCCUACGACGUCCACGCCAUCCGCGAAGGCCAGCGCUACAAGCUGCUGAGCAUCAUCAGCAAGACGGUGGUGCUGUGCUGCGUGCUGCGCAAGGAGGAAGUGACGCCCUCUCACUUCCUGCUGCUGGCCGACAUGCCACGCUUCCGGCUGCCGGAGGGGCUGCUGCGCGGUGACCCGCUCUACCAACAGGUGGCUCUGCAGAGCGCGCUGCGCUGCCAGGCGACCUUCGACCCCGACAGCUACUCGCGAGCCGUGAGGGAGGCGCGCCAAGACCUGGGCGAGGAGUGUGUGAGCCCGCACCGGAUCCGGGUGUGCGUGCCGCCGGGCGGUAGCGGAGAGCUGGGUCGCUCACUGCAGAGGCUGUCGCUGUGUGUGUACGGCGGAGGGGCGUCCACACACUCGCUUGCACUCACGCACGGCUGCCGCGACUCGCUGGGCGACGCCACGUCCGUCGUCUCCACGCCAACCACUCAGAACACGCCCACCACCGCCACGCACACAGACACGGACGUGGAGGAGGAGGAGCGCGAGUACGUCACGCCUGAUUGGCCCGUGGAGGAGCCGCAGGAGAUCCCCUACGAGGAGCUGUGGACCAAUCAGAGCGGAGGCCACGAGGGCCAACCGGUGGGCCCAGUGGACGGCGGUGUGGGCGGGACUAAGCUGGAGCGGAACCUCAUCUCCUUCCACUCCUCUUCUUCGUCUCUGGAAGGCCCCGCCCACGUCACCAUGGUGACCAUGGAGGCGGGCCGAGUGCCCUCCCCACCGCCCGUGCCUCCAAAGUCAGAGGCGGUGAGGGAGGAGUGCCGGUUCCUGAAUGCUCCGCCUGUUCCUCCUCGCUGCGCUAAAGGACCCCUACCCAGCCCCCCCGUGCCCCCCAGGUUCCCCAAGCACACAACCUCACACACCCUCAGCCCAAACCUGUCCUACUACUCCUCCGGACUACAGGAAAACACCCCUGCUCCCCGCAGUACCAGCUGUUCUCCGUCUCCGGACUCCUACUCCCUCUACUGCUACCCCUGCACCUGGGGCAGUGACUGCGUGACCCCCGUCACCUCUGCAUCCUCCGAGAUGACGACAUCUCCUCCUCCUCCUCCUCUUCCUCCUGCUAACUCCUCCUCUUCAUCCAACGCUCCCAUUUCUUCUUCCUCGUCCUCCUCCGGCUCUGGCUUAGCCCCGCCUGCCCAGGCCAGCUGGUCCCACCCCCGUGCCACCUUUUGUCCAAUCAGCACGCCCUCUGUUCCCCUGCUUUCUGUGGACGUGGCCAAUAAGAGCUACUCCAGCUGCUCCUCCUCCAGGUCCCGCCCCUCUUCUUCUCAGAGCCGCUUCGCCCCGUUCGGCGCCCUCAACCCAUUCGCCCAACCCAACGCGGGCCACCACCACACCCCUUCGCUAACGUCCUCCUCGCCCCCCGACUGGCUGCCCACAACAACAACAAUAACAAACACCACCAACACCACAGCGAGCAGAUGCCCCUCCCCCUCUGGCUCCUCCCUUCUCACCACUGAUGCCACAAACCCCACCCUGUCUGUGGAGCUGGAGGAGCUCCGCAGUGCCGAGGACUCGUCAGUGAUGGUGGGUGUAGUAAUACCGACACCCUCCCCUCGUCGAAUCAAGAGCUUGGGAGUAACAUCGGAAAGCCUCAGCCUCAGCGCAAGCCCCUCGCCGACCCCACCGUAUGAUCCAAUCAGGGGUGCGGAGGGCGGGGGGCAGCCGGGCGACGAGUGGCGGCCCCCGGCGGAGCUGUGCGCGCUCUCGGUGGAGGAGGUGUCCUCCUGCCUGCGUUUCAUUGGCCUGUCGGAGGAGGCGGUGGGCGUGUUUAGCCGCGAGCGCAUCGACGGCUCCAUCUUCACGCAGCUGAGCGAGGAGAUACUGGCCGACGACUUCCACCUCACCAAGCUGCAGGUCAAGAAGAUCAUGCAGUUCAUCAAGGGCUGGAGGCCCAAGAUCUAGCACAAACCUCACGUGCCUUUCAUGUGCUCGGCAACUCGUAUAUUAAACAAGUCCCGACAGGUGGACAACAGAUGCGUCCAUCUAUGCCAGUGGUUCUCAACCUUUUUUUACUCAACUCUGCCGCCUUGUGGACACAAGGGGGAAUCACAAUUCAGAAACGCGUCACGGACCAACGGACGGCGGACAAAGCAUCUUAUAGAGAUGCGUGAGACACAUCUAAAAAAUUCUACAAGUUCAUGUGCGCUUCCCAUGUCAGCGUU